AUGGGUCAAGCUUUUGCAAAAUCGAUUAAAGAAGCUGCAAUGGCUAAACUUGAGAUUGAAAGAGAGAGGAUGAAGCUUGAACAUGAAUCCAACACUGCGAAUACUGAAAUGAAAAUCAAAGAGAUGGAGAAAAGUUUAAUACUUGAAGAGAGGAAGUUGGACAUGGAGCACCAGCACAAAAUCUCUGAACUAUUUACUGAAAUGAAGUUAGCAAAAUUUCAAGUCGGAAAAGAACUUAUUCUCACCUAUAUGCAGACUGUGAACAAUAUUAUCGAACAAAAUGGUAAGGUCUUUGUAGCUGCUAAUUCCAUGAUGAAUACAAUCACCAAUGAAAAAAUGCCUCAAGGAGUCAGGGAUGCUGCUUCCAUUGCCCUCGAAAGAGCUUUCAAUGGUUACAUGGAUGCCACACAGCUUUUGGAAUACGCGAAAAAAGAAAUUGAUAGACUUGAUUUGAAGAAAGAGUAUGAAUUUAAAAAAUUGUUAGGUGUUGCAGAAGAACACAACCUGUUAUCAGGGGAUGACUCAAGUUACCUCCUAGAAUGA